AGUCUAGCACAGGCAGCCAAAUAUUUGACAAACUAGCAAUCGUUGGCUAGUCAGCUAGGAGUUAAAAUAAUACACCGAGAAAAAUACACAUUUCCCCACACAUAACCCAGCACAGUUUAUGCCAAGGGUUUAGGUUUCCGUGUCAACAGGAUGUCAACUCCAGCAAGACGACGUUUAAUGAGAGAUUUUAAACGACUGCAAGAGGAUCCUCCAGCUGGAGUUAGCGGGGCACCAUCAGAAAACAAUAUCAUGGUUUGGAAUGCCGUCAUUUUUGGACCUGAGGGAACACCUUUUGAAGAUGGAACCUUCAAACUUACCAUUGAAUUCACAGAGGAAUAUCCAAAUAAACCUCCAACAGUGCGAUUUGUCUCAAAAAUGUUUCAUCCAAAUGUUUAUGCAGAUGGCAGCAUAUGCUUAGAUAUACUUCAGAAUCGUUGGAGUCCAACCUAUGAUGUCUCCUCGAUCUUAACUUCAAUACAGUCUUUACUGGAUGAGCCAAACCCAAACAGUCCAGCCAACAGCCAAGCAGCCCAGCUGUACCAGGAAAACAAGCGGGAGUACGAGAAGAGGGUUUCUGCUAUUGUUGAACAGAGUUGGCGUGAUUGUUGACCCCUGUUAUUGUUCGAGUACGAACAGUGUCCCGCCCAGAAUCAAGAAACAACCGAUCAAGGAAAAACAGCUGAUCUCACAGAAAUAAAAUGACACAUCUUAAAAUCCUUCUCAGUAUAUUUGUCCCAUAACUGUUGCUCAGUUUGUAUGCUGUUGUGUUGUGGCAUUCACUCCUGCCGGAUGCUAUUGUUGGGCUAUAGCGUAUGUUUGUUAAAAGUUAAUGUACCUUGUUAUAUCUGGGUUACUUGCUACAUGCACCAACUCUUUUCUUAAAAAAAAAAAAAAAAAAA